CCUGUUGUCGUUUCUCUCUCUGGUGGUGGAGCGUCUGUCGCUGCCGCUGUGUUCAAGUUCCCGUAGCCUUCUUUCUGCUACUGAAGUUCAGACGCUCCUCUCCCUCCCGCUCGGCGAUCUGUGAACUUCUUCCGCCCCCCUGUACUCCGUCAAAGUGAAAGAGGCCGAGCGUAGAAUCGAAGGGAAGGUAUAGUUUUGGUGAGUGGGUUGGGGCAGCUAUGGACGAAGAGGAUAUAGAGAAACUGGUGACGACCUACUUGAAGAAGAAGGGCUUCAAGCAAGCGGAGCUCGCGUUCCAGGAAGAGCUGCAGCAGCAGUCCCUGCACGGCAAGCCCAAUAGCAGCUCCAACUCCCUCAGCGACCCCGAUAUCGCCAAGCUUGUCCUCUCCUUCAACGAAUCAGAAAGUGGUCCUCCACGUUACCAUGAAGGUUAUAGCAAGCUUAGAUCAUGGGCAUAUAGUUCCCUUGAUUUAUACAAGCAUGAGUUGCUUCGAGUUCUUUAUCCAGUUUUUAUUCAUUGUUUCAUGGAUCUUAUUGCACAAGGACAACUCCAAGAAGCUCGGACCUUCUUUAGUAGCUUUCGCGAUGACCACGUGAUGAUGCAUGCUGGAGACCUUAUGAAGUUGGAGGGAGUUCUUUCUCCGUCUCAUUUGGAGGAGAUGGAAUUUGCUCAUUACCUUAGACACACCAAAGCAAAUAUAAAAAUAUGUCAGUAUGCGUAUGAGCUUCUGCUUCAAUAUCUACACAAGACCCAAUCAAUCACAAUGCUUGGGAUCAUCAAUGAGCAUAUAAACUUCCAAGUUGCCCCUGGGCAGCCCAUGUCAAUUUCAGAUGAUGUUGGGGUUGAAACACUAUUUACAGCUGAGGAUGCUGCUAGUCAAGUUAGUGCUAAGGAGAUACAAUGGGGGUUGCUUGAAGAUUCCCUAGAAGAUCGAUUGGAGAAAGCAGGGAAUUCCCUAUUAGAACCUGAGAAAGCAGAUGGAGAAACCAAAGAGGCUGAUAUGGAUGACAGUAAGAAGAAGUCAAUGGAAGGAAGCAAGCAAAGUGCUUCAGUCAAAAAGUCAAAGAAGGACAAGGCUGCAGGCUCAGCAGGGAAGACUGUGCGUCCUGAGGCUAAUGCUGUUUCUAUGGCCCCUCGAGUCAAACCUGAGCUUACUUUGCCCGUAAUAUCAACAGAAGUUGAACAGUCUAUCCUCGAAGACCUGAGAAACCGUGUGCAGCUUAGUAGUACUGCACUGCCAUCUGUCAGUUUCUAUACAUUCAUCAAUACACAUAACGGUUUAAAUUGUUCAUCGAUAUCCCAAGACGGUUCUUUGGUCGCUGGUGGAUUUUCGGAUUCAUCAGUAAAGGUUUGGGACAUGGCAAAAGUGGGACAGCAGGCUAGUGCUUCUGGCUUGCAGGGCGAGAAUGAUACCUCCAACAGUGAGCAUGUCCUGGGAAAAAGAUCUUACACUUUAUUCCAAGGUCACUCGGGCCCCGUUCAUUCAACCACUUUUAGUCCUCAGGCAGAUUAUAUUCUUUCUUCUUCAGCUGACUCAACGAUUCGUUUAUGGAGCACCAAACUGAAUGCUAAUCUUGUGUGCUACAAGGGUCACAACUACCCAGUGUGGGAUGUGAAGUUUAGUCCGGUGGGCCACUAUUUUGCUACCUCUUCACAUGACAGAACAGCGAGAGUAUGGUCUAUGGACAAAAGUCACCCUUUGAGAAUAAUGGCGGGGCACUUAUCUGAUGUUGAUUGUGUGCAAUGGCAUCCAAACUGCAAUUACAUUGCAACGGGAUCAUCAGAUAAGACAGUCCGUUUGUGGGACGUAUCAAGUGGAGAGUGUGUUCGGAUUUUUAUUGGUCACAGGAGUAUGAUCUUGUCUCUUGCAAUGUCACCAGAAGGCCGGUACAUGGCUUCAGGCGAUGAGGAUGGCACAAUCAUGAUGUGGGACCUUGCUACUGGCCGAUGCAUCACGCCUUUGAUGGGGCACACCUCAUGCGUCUGGACUCUCGCAUUUAGCUGUGAGGGCUCGCUUCUUGCAUCUGGUUCCGCUGAUUGCAGUGUCAAACUAUGGGAUGUUACUACAAGCACCAAACUACCCCGGGCCGAAGAGAAAAAUGGGAGUACGAGCAGACUGAGAUCACUUAAAACUCUUCCAACGAAGGCCACCCCUGUGUACACAUUACAGUUUUCUCGUAGAAAUCUACUGUUUGCAGCUGGGGCUCUCUCGAAAACAGCUUAAGCCACUCGAUGGAUAUUGUAUGGAUAAUACAUGAAUAUGUCAGUUCGAGAGCUCAGUUUUACGUUUUGAAAGUAGAUGAUGUACGGAACCCUGUCUCUUUCACAGUACAACGCAUGUGAAGAUGCUUUGCGCUUUUCCAUUAAGUGUUCAAAGAAAUAUUAUAUGUA